AAUUCAGUCUUUCUCAUUGCUAUUUAUUUACUCGGUGUAGUUGUAUUAAAUGCACAGCACUAAAGAAAUCGGGGUUACACUGAUGUCAAAUCGGCAAAUCGUUUCCAAGAGAAAUCCACAGUCAAGUAUUCAUUUUGAAGAAGCAGUAUGGCUCGGCGAGUUGCUGUGAUCGGAGGAGGAAGCUCUGGACUGACCUGCAUUAAGUGUUGCUUGGAUGAAGGUCUGGAGCCAGUGUGCUUCGAAAGCAGUGAUGACAUUGGAGGACUCUGGAGGUUUAAGGAGAAUCCUGAGUCUGACAGGGCCAGCAUCUAUCAUUCAGUGAUCAUCAACACCUCAAAGGAAAUGAUGUGUUUCAGCGAUUUCCCCAUUCCAGCUCAUUUCCCAAACUACAUGCACAAUUCUUACAUUAUGGACUACUUUCACAUGUAUGCUGAUCACUUCCAGCUCAGGCGCUAUAUCCGCUUGCAGACGAAAGUACUUAAUGUCAAUCAAAGACCAGAUUUUGCUCAGUCUGGUCAGUGGGACAUUGAGACAGAAGACCAGGAUGGGAAGAGAGAGAAACAUGUGUUUGAUGCUGUGUUUGUCUGCACCGGACACCACUGUCACCCUAAUCUUCCUCUGAAAGAUUUUCCAGGUAUAAACACUUUCAAGGGGAAAUACUUCCACAGUCGCGACUAUAAGACUGCAGAUGAAUGGCGGAACAAGAGAGUGGUUGUGAUUGGAAUUGGUAAUUCAGGAGGCGACAUUGCUGUGGAGCUCAGCAGGGUGACCAGACAGGUUUUCCUGAGCACUCGGAGAGGCUCCUGGAUCCUGAAUCGUGUAGGAACAAAAGGCAUUCCAAUAGAUAUGAUUUUUACCAGGGCAUUUCAAUUGCCCAUGGGUAUUCUGCCCUUUGGGUUCUUAUGCAACAUAGGAGAGAAGAGGAUCAAUGAGAGAUUUAACCAUGAAAUGUAUGGGCUGAAGCCGAAACACAGAUUGCUCAGCCAGCACCCUACGGUAAAUGAUGAUCUGCCAAAUCGACUCAUUUCUGGCACCAUCAAGGUGAAGCCAAAUGUGGGUGAAUUCCGUGGCUCCAGUGUCAUCUUUGAGGAUGGGACCAUUGAGGACGACAUUGACCUGGUGGUGUUUGCCACAGGCUACACUUUCUCUUUUCCCUUCCUGCAAAGCCGUGUGGUCUCAGUCACAGAGAACAAGGCACAGCUCUACAAGUAUAUGUUCCCUCCAUGCCUUGAAAAAUCCACUCUGGCCAUCAUUGGCCUCAUCCAACCUUUGGGAGCCAUCAUGCCCAUCUCUGAGAUGCAGGCUCGCUGGGCCACGCGUGUCUUCAAAGGGACUUGUAAGCUUCCAUCAACAAGCAACAUGCUGAAAGACAUUAAAGCGAAGGGAGACAGUAUGGCAAAGAGGUAUGUAACCUCCCAGAGACAUACCAUCCAGGUAGAUUACCUCCCCUACAUGGAUGAGCUGGCCACACAAAUAGGUGUGCGUCCCAACCUCCUGUGGCUGUUCCUGAGUGAUCCUGUUUUGUGGUUUAGAGUUUUGUUCGGUCCCAGCACACCUUACCAGUUUCGGCUAUUUGGGCCGGGUCAGUGGGCCGGGGCUCGUCAGGCCAUCCUCACCCAGUGGGAGCGUGUAACCCAGCCAUUCAAGACACGCUGUGUCCCUAUGCAGGAGUCACAUCACUCCCAUCUUCCUCUCCUCCUGUCUGUGUCUGCUGCUGCUCUACUGUCGACUGUCUACUUUACCAGGUCCAACAUGCCUAGUUUCCUCCCAGACAUCACGUCCUUCCUGGAGAGGCUACAAUCUUACCUGCCUCUACCUAUGUUGAGGCAGUGAUCACUAAUGCAGUGAUUUAUUUCAAAACAGCUCAUAGAGUGGUUUAUUCCUGCAGGCAUCAUACAUGCAGAAGGGGUAAAAAAAAAAAAAAAAAAAAAUAUAUAUAUAUAUAUAUAUAUAAUAAAAAACUGUAUAUAUAUAAUAAAAACUGACUAACCCUUUAUGAGUAAGAAAGUGAAAUUGUUUUUAACAGUUCUAAAGUUUUAAAGCCUCAUCAUGAGAUACAUGAUUCUCACUCUAAAUAUCUACAUACACACAUUCCACUCGAUUAGAGACUUGUGUCUUUGACUGCAAAUAACAAUCGCCAUGACCGCCUGCCUAAUAUUGUGUUGGUCCCCUUUUGCUGCCAAAACAGCCCUGACCAUGAAAAGGCAUAAACUUCACUAGAUCCCUAAAGGUGUCAAAAUUUUAAAUAUGUGGCUAUAGCUAUAGAGAGCAAUACAAUAAUUAGUGUCUGCAGGCAACAGGGAAGCAUGCUGGAUGUUCCUUGCGAGUUUGGGCCUGCAUUUCUGCAAAUGAAGCUGGAGAUUUGGUCAGGAUUAAUGGGAAUAUACAAACUUGAGAAAUACAGGCAGAAUACUUAUCCAGAAUGCAGUACCAUCAAGGUGGUGUCUGAUUGGCCCCAAAUUUAUUCUGCAGCUGGACGACAACCCCAAACAUAAAGCCACUGUCAUCAAGAACUAUCUUCUGAAGAACAAGGAAUCCUGGAAGAGAUGUUUCAGCCUCCACAGAGCCCUGAUCUCAACAACUUGCCUAAACCUUUUGCGCAGUAUAGUAUAUAGUAUAGUGUAUAUAUAGCCCACUUUAUUAGGAACACUUGACAACUAAUAAGACCAUCAUUGUGGAAGCAGCACAAAGCAUGGAACCUGAAGCUUCAAUAUUUGAAUAAAUAUAUAAACCUGAGCAUGAACUUAAAAACCUGCAUGUGAUUGUAGGACUGAUUAACUGACUCUCACAGUAAAGUGUAUUUGCAUGUUCUGAAAUGAAUGACAGAUACUUUCUCAUCACGUUUCUUCCCCUCCAGGAGAAUACGAGGAGAUACGAAUUAUAAAUUGUUUAAUACGAAUUAUAAAUCGUUAAAUUUGUUGGUGUCAAAAAAUAUAUGCAGCAAAAAAUGUCAAAUUUUUAAAAGUGAUAUGUGAGUGUGUUGGUUAUACAUGUGAAAUGAUAAUGUGUAUUUUCUAAAAUAUAUACAGUAAUGACUGCAAUACAUUUUUGUUCCUUUGGGUAGGAGAGUGUCUUGUAGAAAUGCACUAAACAUAAGAGCUAAGGGCUUUUGCAUUACAAUAUCUCAAAUGUUGUGUUAAUGUGGGUGAGUAAAGGUUAGAUUGGAUAAACAUUUGCACAUAUAUUGCGUAUUUAUUUUUCAAACCUAACUUUCACUUGAUAAGUGACUGCAUUUGAGUUAUAUAUUUACUACUGAUGAUACAAAUUGUACAAUCCAUGCAGCUUUGAUGUGAGCAGUUUUUCAGUUACAUUUCCAUUUUAGAUAAAAAUAAAAAAUAUGCUGAUGUGUGAACAUUGUUUCAAUUUACAAGGUUAUUUGUGUCUUAUUUGCUAAAAAAAAAUUCAACAAUUCUGAUCAGCCAG